AUGCAGCAGGUGACGGGCCGGGACAGGCGGCGCACGGGCGGCGAAGAGCCGGGACAAGCGGCGUGGGGCCGGAGCGGGUACGGCACGGGCGGCGACGGGCCGGGGCAGCUGCGCGGGGCCGGGACGAGCGGCGCACGGGCGGCGUGGGGCCGGGACGGGCGGCGCACGGGCGGCGUGGGGCCGGGACGGGCGGCGCACGGGCGGCGUGGGGCCGGGACGACGGCGCGGGGCCGGGACGGACGACGCACGGGCGGCGUGGGGCCGGGACGGGCGGCGCACGGGCGUCGACGGGCCGAGGCAGCGGUGCGCGGCCGGGACGGGCGGCGCACAGGCGGCGUGGGGCCGGGACGGGCGGCGCACGGGCUUCGACGGGCCGGAGCAGCAGCGCGCGGCCGGGACGGGCGGCGCACAGGCGGCGUGGGGCCGGGACGGGCGGCGCACGGGCGGCGUGGGGCCGGGACGGCGGCGCGCGGCCGGGACGGGCGGCGCACGGGCGGCCCUAAGUAA